GUUGUUUUGUAAUGUGUGUAGGUAUGGUGAAAAAUUGUUUUCGUAAGUCAUAGAUUAUACACUAUAUACUGAUAGCUGAUACUGAAAUCUUAGGUGGUGUAGUAACUAUUGUCUUGUACAUGUGGGAUAACAGUAUAUCUCGGAUAAUAAGAAUUUAAGAACAUGCUGCGACCGCCAAUAUUGCAUCAUGUGCGAAGGGCUCAUUCGGCCACGUGGAAGAAAAAUCCUAAUCUGGACAAAAUAAUACGCGUGGACCACGCAGGCGAACUGGGUGCGGACCGUAUAUACGCAGGACAGAUGGCUGUUCUGGGUAAUACGGCCGAAGGACCACUGAUAAAGCACAUGUGGGACCAAGAGAAGAAACACCGGCAGAAGUUCGAGGAACUCAUCUGCAAGUACCGCGUCAGACCUACAGUGAUGACGCCACUGUGGAAUAUCGCUGGAUUUGCCUUGGGCGCUGGCACAGCGCUCUUGGGCAAGGAAGCUGCGAUGGCCUGCACUGUCGCGGUUGAGACCGUCAUAGUGGACCACUACAACGACCAGCUCCGCACCCUGAUGGAGGACCCGAACGUCGAUAAAGAGAUCCUGGAGACCAUUACGAAGUUCCGCGACGAGGAGCAGGAGCACCACGAUACGGGACUCGACCAUGGCGCAGAACAGGCGCCAUUUUACAAAGCGCUCACUGAAGCCAUUAAAACGGGUUGCAAAGUCGCAAUUGCGAUAUCGAAGACUAUUUAGAACAUAUUAUGGAACUGAAGAAUUUUUUAAUUGUAAAUAAAAAAAACUGAGAUUAUUGAAACUCCAGACUUUGAACAACAUUUUCCACAGUAGAAAUCCAAAACUUCGUUCUUGCUAAAUGUGGAAGCUUCUAAGUAAGUUUUUAUAACAUUUUUAUACCUGAUAAAGACAUAAUUUUUAUAAGAACAACCAUAACAUAAGAAAUAGAAUUAAAGAUUACAAUUUUGUAAUCAAUGAGCUGAUUUUCACUUUAUUGACCCAUUGCAGGGCAAAGGCCUCUCCUGCCUUAUGCCAUUUCUCGUGAACGCGAUUUCGUAUGAUAUUUCUUUUUUCUUUUUUUAAAAUGAGAGACAGAUAUAUAUCCGAUAUUGUAUAACGAAAAAUAACCAAUAUUUAGUACAUCCGUCUUGGAAGGAGACAAUGUUGUUGAUCCAUCGCUCCCUCCUUUGCCUAUCUCUGCGCCUUCGACAUUCUUAUAUGAAAGAACGAUUAUAUUCUAUAAUCGAAUAUAUUAUAUUCUAAUCAUUUGUGCAAGCAAAUAGGAGCCGAUAGUGUAGAGCAGUCACGAUUGUAUUGUUAAGUACCAUCUCAGAACUAACUGUUGUUGUAAUAACUUUUUUAUUUUUAUUUUGUGAAUUACUCUGUGCCUUUUCUACGUAGAAAAGCUCAAAAGUAAUUGGACGUCGUUACGCAAAAAGUAUCUAACCCACAAAAGGCUUACUUUUGAAAUAUUGACGUGUAAAGUGUGAAGGAAGUAAUUUUUUUUUUAUAAAUCAUUCAUGUUUUCAUGUCAGCUUUUGGUUAUAAAGACUCUUUCUCUAUCGACAGAGAGUUUGUUGGAAUUUCUUUUAUAGAAUGAAAUAAUAGAUCCAAAAUCCUUAUUUUUGAAUAUGUAACUAAUUUUUGACGCGACUGUGGGUUUGGAGCCUUUUUGCGCAUCUACGUUCAAUUAACCAUUUGAAAUUUAAUAGAUUUGCAUUUUACCUAAAGGUGUUGUGAUAAUAGUAAUAUAGGCAAAUAGAUGAAACAAUGGACUUGAAAUGUCUACAUGCUGAAUAUACGUGAAUAUAGUUUUGAUUAUAAAAUAAAAAUGUUUUUAUUAUUAUCUAAUAUUAUAAAAUGAUUUUCCUUGUCGUGAAGACGUAUGAAGAUCCAUCACCUACCUUCGUUUAAGUAAUUUAAAUAUAGAACCGAGAAGAUCUUUCGAGAUUCAACGGCAGCAAUACGCAAUAACUAUUGAAUAAGUACACCCACCACCAGAUUUCCAAAAUCUUGACAGGAAACAGACCAUAAUCGAGAACACUAAAGUUCAGAUUGUAAUAUAGCGAAACACAAGGCACUGUGACUGUGAGCAUGACAUGGCACGAUAUAACUGGCAAUAGGCCAGAGCAACGAAAAUUAAUUUUAUGGGGUUGUUUGCUUGUUCUUCCCAGGAUAGAGGUAUUUUUCGAACCAGUGGUAAGUAAAUCAUUGAGUUUCAAUAAGUAUUAAUAAACUAGAUUGAAUAUAAAUAUUCUAUUCUAUUCUAGCUGGUUUAUAUUGAAUGGUUAAUAGAUUUGGGUACAAUUUUGUGUAAGAUUCCGUCUGGGUGAGGAGUACUUCUGCAGUCUCACAGUGCAUCCACUAUUGUACAUCUAGUUAGUGCCGGUAAAGAGAUCAUAGGCUUUUCGACAUAUUCCUCAGGGAUGUUUUCUUGAAGUUUUUUUUUUAAUAAAUUGAAAUGACAAACGAACUUUACAGUUCACCUGAUGGUAAGUGGCUAAUACAGCCCAUGGAUACUUGCAGUCAACUUUAAACAAAGUAGGAGGUUACACAUGAGUGUCAUAUAAUAUGAGAACGAAGGGAAAACUGUCUCCAAUUGUUUUGACGUAAUUCUAGUUCUAUUAAAGUUGCAAUAAAUAUACAUUAAUGUAAAUUCAACCUUAAGUGCAUUGCCUAAAGUUGUAUUCUCAAAGCUACGUACAAAUUAAAAGCGCACCCAAAUGUUCUAGUGGGCGCUUAUUCGGUUAGGACAUUUUUGUCACUGAUUGUGUAUCUAGUUUUUUAUUAGCCUGUAAUUAUACUAUUACAUACUCUUUAUACCCGUCAGUUCCAGCAGUGCAAGCACUGGUUUUUGGCGGCAGAGAUAGAUAAGAAUAUCCAGGCAGAAAAAGAAACUUACCUGCGAAGCGUAGUCCUUACCCAGUCGAACAUACCAUUUCGUACUACCUACCUACUACCAUGUAUUCAUUCUAUUCGCACCAUCCUUUAUAAAUGUAAUAUAUCUGAUCGAACGGUAUUUACCUGUUAGGUUCCUAAUCCAUCCGACAGUAGACUGUCGGUUCUUUUUUUAUUUAUUUUGAAAUAAUAUGCAGUACAGUUACACAAUAAUAAGAUUAGAGAUAUCGAGAUUCUACUGCAAUAUUUUUGUGAAUGUGAACGUAAUGUGUUGUGGUGUGUUAGUGUAUAUAAUACAUGUAGAAAAUGGUUCGUGGAGAGAGGUGGAGAAGGAUGGAGAAAGUGUGUACCUCCUUCGCAAUGUCGUCCCUGGUAGCCGGGUGGGCAGGAGCAGAGGCCGGGCGCGGUGCAGUUGCCGCCGUUCAUGCACUGCGGGUAGCACAGCGCCGUGCGGCAGUGCUGCCCCAUGUAGCCCUCGGGGCACUGGCAGAUCUUCUCGUGGUUGCACCAGCCCUGGUUGGCGCACUUUUUGUCGCACUCCGGGUCCGGCCCUGUGCGCGUCACAACUUUCGUUUCAAACAAUUGAAGUAAUAUGUACUACGUACUAGAGCCACUUUACUUGGUUGUUUCACGUGUUAGAGGACACAGUAAACCAUCCUCGAUUAAAUUAAUUAAUCGAGGAUGAGAAUAAAUUAUCGUCGAUUGAGAAUCAUAAAGCAAAUACCUUGUCACCCCUGCGGACUUGAGAGCACAUGAGUAAAGAAACCGACCAGAGGGGAAGCACAUACAAACGGCUCGCGGCGAAUACACCCAUACAUAGCGCAGCGAUGUGUGCGUGAGCUCUCACCGACAGGUUCACCGACGCUCCGUCGGGGUACAAACCGGUUUGCGCCGGCUCAGUCAGAGUAUCCAUGAAAGGGCUGUUAGUCGUGCGCAUUUAAAUAAAUAGACCAACAAUAUUUCGAAAUUUUAUACAUCAAUUAAUUUAUUAAGUUUUUUUGCAAUUAUUAAAUAAUUAGAUUUAAUGUUUUAAUUAAAAUAAUUAAGAAUCAAGUUAUUAUAAAUUUAUAUAGGUAAAUAAUAAGUGUUUUGUAUAAGCAAAAAUGACUAAUAGUUGUACAGUAUACAUGAAUAAUUCUAGAGAAAAUAACGAUAUUUCCUUUUUUUGUACCCAAGAGAUCAAGUGAACUAAGUACCUUUUUACGUUUUAUAUACAAUAAAACUAGGUAAUAACAUUUAUAGGUAAGUGAGACUGUGUUAGACAGGUGCGUCGCCGUGUGAUGAAGUCGGUCUCACCUACUUGAAACGUUAGUCAGUUUAACCCUGACAGUGCUGCAGAUAGCAGGAUAUCCUACGUAAUAAGGCUAAAUGUGUGACUUUAUCCACCCACUUUAGUAUAGAGGUAGGUUGCUUCCUGGGGAAGGAUAUAAGCUACUUUUUGCGAGUCGUGACCCCAGGGGUAAAUACCACUGCAUUAUGGUUGGAAUACAAUCGCCAGAUAUUGGUGGGGGUGAUGGGAUUGGUGUUGGUGGAAGUAGUUCUGGUGUUGGUGGAAGUAGUGCUGGUGUUGGUGGAUAGUGUUGCUGAUGGUGUCAGUAGUGGUGGAGGUGGUAGUAUCGUAGGUAGUGGUAGUAGGCAGUGGACCAACAGUGGCUCCAUCACCACCACCAUUUUUUCCUUAAAUUUUUCACAUGCAUUAUGUGCCAACCCUAUCAGAAUACAUAUACAUUUUCGACGUUGUUAAGAAGCUUCCCCUCUGGUCCUUAUUCUUUACUCUAUGCUUGAGAGCGUGUUCCGUCCUCGGUUGCAGCAUGACUACCACGUAAAACAUUUCAAACCAUUGACGUAAUAUGUACUACGUACUAGAAGAGUCUACUUGGUUGUUUGCAACACGCGUUAGAACACAAAGGCUCAAACUUACUUAGUAUUUGCCACAAAAAGGUACUCGUAUAUAUAAAGGUAUUUUGUCCGCAGUGUUUGUACUAGUAUGAAGUACAUAUUACUUCAGUGUUUCAAACCACAAUUGUAUAUCUAAUGUUAUCUUAUAAAAUGUAUAGUAAAUAUUGCUAUGCGCGCAAGAUAAAUGUAAGUCUCUCAAACUGACAUUUUACUAAGGAAUCCGCACUAAUGUAUAGGUGUGCGAAAAUCACACUCAUUUUGAUUCUUAACAGAGGAAAGAUGUAGAUGUAUAUAAAAAGUACUCUGUGAUGUAGAUGUCUAUGGGUCACAGUAUACACUUACCAUCAGGUGGAAUGUGUGUUCGUUUGUCACCCUAAUUCUAUAAAAAAAAUACAUUUAAUAAAUAUUGCAUCUAUGGAUAUGCUAAUGCAGUUUUUUUUUAAUAUUUUGAGUUUUUAUCAGGAAGAUACUGAUGGCCAUAACCUGUUUCAGUUUUUUUCUGUUGCCUCUUGAUAUCCACAGUACGAUAUAGGGUGGUGUAUAUUCUAUCUAACACCGCCAGUACACGGUAAAAAUAUUAACUUUCCUUUAUUUUAUGUUGUGAACUAAUUAAAGUUAUCAUUUUAAAAUGGCAGCGUCCCUCAUUAAUAAGAAAAUUAACGCUUAGAGAGGAGUAAAGUUAUCAGUUAACCCAAAACUAUUCUCAUCUUGCGGGCAUAUACUUAGUUGUAGUAACAUGUUAGUGUAAAAAAUAAGACUAAAAAUACUAUUACAUUACCUACAUAUAAACUGUACAGUAUUUUACAGGGAGAAUAAAGUGAUCUAGCCGAUUUUUUUUACAUUAUGUUUUUAAGGUGCACUUUAUUCUCUAAAAAGGAAUUGUUUUUAUCAGUUAUAUUAUACAU